AUGUUUGGAGUCCAGGCCAUAAUGGCUUGGCUAAAUCUGCUUCUUGGCCAAGUGUUUAUUAAACCAGGACAGAGAGACCCCGCUUUAGACGGCUAUCUCGAUUCUUUCCGUCAGCUGGCUCAUUUGGCUCCUCUUUUUCGUCAGCCAAUCUCUCGCCUUUCCUCGAGUCCUCUUCUUCCGCCCACUAAACUUUCCUCUGAUCUAGUUAUCACGCCACUUACCGCUCCCUCACCUCGGCAUUCUGCUGACCCCGGGGAUUCUUUUUCACCCCCCACUCUCUCGCCUCCCAUUAGGACGUAUUCAUCCACUGUGAGGUCAUCAAAUACAAAGUUUGUUACGAACUCUGGCUGUCCUGAAUCUAAUGAUGCUGAUCAUUUGAUGAUGCACGCAUCUGUCGAUGAUAUGCUGGAUCGACUUCAGCAGAUUGAGUGCAUAAUACCUUCGGAAUUCGGGCAUACUAUGUGCGUUUAUUUACUAAUUAUUUUGAUGUGA